AUGGAAACUGUUUCUUCUGAUCCAAAGACGGAAUCUCAAGUCUACUCACAUUCCGCUCAACUGCUUUAUAAACAGGACACGUGUUCAAAUUGUGUUGAAUGUAAUGAUACAAGUUGUAUCCAAUGUGCAGAGGGAUACUUUUUAAAAGACGGCCGGUGUGUACCAUGUGGAGCGGAUUGUAUUGAGUGUGGCCAAGAUGAGUGUUAUGUAUGUGCUCAUUCCUAUCACCUCAUACUCAAAAGUUGUAUGAAUGAAACGACAAUCGAUACAAUAGUGAUUUGUUGUGUCAUAGCGUUAUUUGUCUUUUUAUUAGCAGGUUUUCUUAUUGUUUUAGUACCCAUUAAAGUGGCUUCCAAAUGUAAAGUAGCACUGAAAAAAUACAACCAAAGCGAUUAUUCCGAACUUAAUUGA